AUGAAAUCCUUGGGUGCAGUGUUGGACAAGACUUGGGUCGGGGUAGCUGAUUCGUCGUGGCCGUUGGGUCGUGCGAUCACCAACCAGGAGCCAGGGACAUACAGGAGAGCAGGUGCGAUGGGCGGCGGACGGACUGCAAGGCAGGAAGGCGCAACGCAACUGGUGCAAGCUGGCAAGAUGGAAGCCGCGCUAGUUCGUUCAAGCUCCAGUGGCUCCUUCUCCAGGGCGUACCUCUCCUUGUUCUGCGUUGCCCCUGCCGGCUGGCGUUAA